ACAGUUGGACAGGCAGGUGGAGACAGUUGACGCGCACACAGGGAGGAGAGGCGGCUGUGAUCAGGGACCAUUCAUGGUCAUCUAUGGGCGAGUGUCUGCGCAGAGUUUGUCCAUGUCUGGAGACACUAUGGCAGAGGAGCUCCGGGGAGAAGAAGCCCUCAGCUGGAGGAGGAGGAGGAGGAGGAGACGGCAGCGGUGAGGACAGACCACCGCAGGACAAAGCGUCCGAGAGCAGCUCCGUGUACACGGCGGUGUGGCCCUUCGAGGCCCGGCACGAGGACGAGCUGAGUUUCCAGGAGGGGGAUCUGUUCUGCGUCACGAGCCGCACCGGGGACUGGUGGACCGCGCGUAAAGUGGACAAGGACGGGCGCGUCCUGGACACCGGGAUCGUCCCCAACAACUACCUGGUCAGAGCCGAGUCCCUGAAAGUGCAACCGCUGAAUAACGUCCAGGGAACAGUGGAGCUCACGUCACCGCUCAAACAGGAUGAAUUUGGGCAGAGGGAGGGAAAUAAAAAACCCGACACCCCAGAUUUGAAUCAUUUCACAGUGGACGAGUGGGAGCUGCCGAAAGAAGACUUCACCCUGGAGGAGGAGCUGGGGACGGGAUUCUUCGCUGACGUGUACCGAGGACGCUGGAAGAACCACAUCAACGUCGCCAUCAAGAUCAUCAAGAGUGACUCGGAGUUGAACCACCGGGAGUUUCAGAGGGAGGUUCAGAUCCUGAAGAGUCUCCGUCACCGUCACCUCAUCUCUCUGUUUGCUGUGUGCACAGCGUCGUCACCGUAUUACAUCAUCACGGAGCUGAUGGAGAAAGGCAGCCUGCUCACGUUCCUCAGAGGUCCAGAGGGGGCGCUGCAGGACACGGCGGCACUCAUCGACAUGGGUGCCCAGGUGGCUGAUGGGAUGUUGUACCUGGAGGAGCAGAACAGCAUCCACAGAGAUCUGGCGGCUCGAAACGUGCUGGUGGGAGGAGACUACAUCUGUAAGGUGGCCGACUUCGGACUGGCCCGAGUGAUCAAGGAGCCGUUCUACAUCUCAGAGGACAAGAAGAUUCCCUACAAGUGGUGCGCUCCCGAGGCCAUCAGCCACGGGAAGUUCUCCAACAAGUCGGACGUCUGGUCUUUCGGCGUCUUGCUCUACGAGAUCACGACGUACGGAGGCAUUCCUUACCCAGCCCUCAGUAAUCAGGAAGUGUUCCAGCAGGUCACCAAAGGUUACAGGAUGCCGGCUCCGCCCAAAUGCCCCGACGUUCUCUAUCGCAUCAUGUUGCAGUGUUGGAGCCACGAGCCCGACGAGCGGCCGCUGUUCAAGUCCCUGAAGGUGCAGCUGGACGGCGGCUUGUACGAGAUGUAGUGACCUCCGCCCUCCUGCGGUGCACGCUCAGCGCCUCGGACACGGAGCGGCGACUGGGAUUCGUCACUGAGGAUGAUUAUUUAAAAACCAGGAAGUGAAACGACACAAUCGCUCACUCACGAUUCCACGCUUCACUUGAGUGAUGUCAUCGGGAAAGAUGAGAAAACACGUUGGGACAUGACGUCAUUGUUCAGGAUUGUGACAAACAACAACGACGACGUCGGCCGGUGAUCCCACAGUUUAAAUGUUUAUUUACACUUGAAGGUAAAAAACAUCUCUCGAGUGCAAUGCAUGAUGGGUAGUGCUCAGUCAGUGACCAUUGGUUGUGCACUAUCUUUCAUGAUGCAUUAUGGGAAACAAUGAGUGCACCAUAUAGGAUCCAGAAACUAGGAAACAACGAACUCUGAACUAUAUGUAGGUAUAUUUCUUAUUCAGUUCACAUUUAAUUAUAAUUUUUAUUAUUCAACUGAUUUUUUCAUUAUUUCCUUUGAGACGAAAAUAUUAGAAAAAACGUUUUUAUGAUCAGUUGAUGAUUUUAGUUUUUUGAAGCAAAUGUCCAAAGAUUCUCUGACUCGUUUCUUCAGUUUGAGAAUGAUCCGGUUUAUUUCGUCUCAUGUGAUCGUGGACUGAAAAUCUGUUCGUUUCCAUCUGGAGCUAAAGACGAUCGUGAAAAUUAAACAUCAGCUUUUACUUUGAAAUGAACGUUUUUCGCCAUCUAAAUAAAGAAUCAGUGAGUGGAGCCGACAAACUGCAGGUGAAUCUAGAACUUUAUAACUUUCGAGUCUUUAUCAAACUCAGAUUUUCUAAAUGAAGUUAGAUGAAUGUCAGAAAGUCUGAGAGUUAUUUUAAUUUCUUACAAAUAAAAACACGUGAAUAUUGACAAAGAAAACUUGAACAGAAGUUUGAUCAUGAUGUCGAUUUCCUGCUCUGACGAAUUUGAACUUCCAUCGUUUCCAUGACAACCAGGCAAACGUCACAUCGUGUGAUGAGAUCGAAAGUUUCAGAGAAGCUUCU